CAAACAAAAUCUCUCACGCUGUGUGAAAUUGCACUUCCACUUCCACUUCCAUCGGCCCUUGUAAUUUUCCCGUACAAAAAAAAAAAUAAAAACUCCCCUGUUCCCUGAAAACUCAGAAAAUCUCAGAGCUUGCAGAAAACUGAGAGGAUGAAGAUAUCCAGUUUCAUGCUUCUGCUACCAGUCAUGCUUCUUGCUCUCUCUCGCAUCUCCGCUAUCGUAGCGGAAGACGCGAGAGAGCAGCAGGUGAAAAAGACUUACAUCAUUCACAUGGACAAGUCCGAAAUGCCGGCGAGUUUUGAAGAUGAUCAUUUCCAAUGGUAUGAUUCUUCUUUGAAAUCCGUGUCGAGUUCAGCCGACAUGCUUUACACUUACAAGACCAUAAUCCACGGCUUCGCCACCAGGCUAACCGCCGAGGAAGCUGAGCUGCUUGGGAAGCAGUCGGGAAUUCUGUCCGUUCUGCCCGAAAGGAGGUACGAGCUGCAUACAACUCGGACGCCCGAGUUUCUUGGAUUAGGAAAGAGUGAAGCCCUCUUGCCGGCGUCGGGUAAAGUGAGUGAAGUGAUUGUCGGAGUGGUGGACACUGGCGUGUGGCCUGAGCUCAAAAGCUACGACGACACAGGGCUCGCGGCGGUACCAAGUGGCUGGAAAGGGGUGUGUGAGGCGGGAACAAACUUCAGCUCCUCAAACUGCAACCGGAAACUCAUAGGCGCGAGGUUUUUCUCGAAAGGGUAUGAAGCUACAGUUGGACCAAUCGAUGUGAAAACAGAAUCGAAAUCACCACGAGAUGAUGAUGGCCACGGAACCCACACCUCAUCCACUGCAACCGGUUCCGCAGUUUCAGGAGCUAGCCUCUUUGGUUAUGCUUCGGGGACAGCGCGAGGGAUGGCGCCACAAGCUAGAUUGGCCGCGUACAAGGCGUGCUGGCUUGGUGGGUGUUUCGGCUCUGAUAUCACAGCUGCAAUGGAGAAGGCCGUGGAAGACGGUGUCGAUGUUUUAUCUUUGUCUAUUGGGGGAUCACAGUCUGAAUAUUACAGAGACACUGUUGCUAUUGGAGCUUUCUCUGCCGCGGCGCAGGGGAUCCUUGUGUCGUGUUCAGCUGGUAAUGGAGGACCGGAAGCAGGGAGCCUGUCCAACGUUGCGCCUUGGAUAACUACAGUGGGUGCUGGAACAUUAGACAGGGAUUUCCCGGCUUUUGUUAACCUCGGAAGUGCAAAGAAAUACAGAGGUAUAUCACUGUAUAGGGGAACAUCCUUAUCUAGGGGAUUGCUUCCGCUUGUAUAUGCUGGCAAUGCAAGUGUCUCCUCCAGUGGCGGGCUAUGCGCUCCUGAAAGUCUGACUCCCUCAAAGGUUGCAGGGAAAAUUGUGGUAUGUGAUCGAGGGGGAACCCCUAGGGUCCAAAAGAGUUUGGUGGUGAAAAAGGCCGGCGGUUUAGGGAUGAUUUUGACGAACACUGAUGCUUACGGAGAGGAACUUGUUGCGGAUGCGUAUCUACUGCCUACAGCAGCGGUUGGUGCGAAAGCUGGUGCUGCAAUAAAAAGCUAUAUUGCCUCGCAAUCUAAUCCUACAGGCACAAUUGCGCUUGGAGACACGGAGUUAGAUGUGCAGCCCUCUCCCGUGGUGGCAUCAUUCAGCUCAAGAGGACCGAACCUAGUCACCCCGGAAAUACUCAAACCAGACCUAAUAGCACCGGGAGUAAAUAUCCUUGCUGGGUGGACUGGUGCGAUUGGACCAACCGGACUAACCGAAGACAAGAGGCAUGUCACCUUCAACAUCAUUUCGGGUACUUCCAUGUCAUGCCCGCAUGUGAGUGGUUUGGCCGCCCUUGUCAAGGCCGCUCAUCCAGAAUGGAGCCCUGCAGCCAUUAAGUCUGCACUCAUGACUACAUCCUACACAGCAUACAAAACUGGAGAAACCAUCAUAGAUGUAGCAUCUGGAAAUCCUGCAACGCCGUUUGAUUAUGGUGCUGGGCAUGUGGAUCCGAUGGCAGCCCUCGACCCUGGCCUUGUUUAUGAUAAUGCGGUCGAGGACUACUUCAGCUUCCUCUGCGCCUUGAAUUAUAGCUCAACUGAGAUCAAACUAACCACUCACAGAGACUUCACUUGCGAUACAAGCAAGAAAUACAGGCUUGGAGAUUUCAACUACCCGUCUUUUGCUGUUCCCCUAGAAACAUCUUCUGGCACAGGGGGUGGAACAGGUGCUUCAACAACUGUAAAAUACACAAGGACACUGACCAAUGUGGGUACCCCAGGAACAUACAAGGUCACGAUAACUUCACAGGCGCCAUCAGUGAAGAUCUCGGUUGAGCCACAAUCACUGACUUUCAGUCAAGCAUACGAGAAGAAAACAUAUACCGUGACUUUUGUUGCUGGUUCUUCACCAUCCGGUACAAGCAGCUUUGCUCGGUUGGUAUGGUCCGAUGGGAAACGCACAGUAGGCAGUCCAAUUGCUUUCACCUGGAUAUAAUUUUGAACAGCAGCAUUGAACAACUGAUCUAACUCAGAUCAGGGGUUUUAAGGUUCCUGCAAAAAGCCCAAUUGUAUAUUUCUUAGUAUGUUGUGAAAUUAUCCUGUACCUCUCUUGUAUCGUAGCAACAGCGCGAAUGUAGCCGGUUCAUGUGUUUUUUUCUUCACAGUUGAAGUUAAAAUGGGAAAGAAGAACAGAUGGAAAAUAAUUGUACAGGAAACUGUGUGAGGAAUGGACAUGGGGGCAUUGAAAAGAAUUACCAAUUUGUAUUCAUAUAUAUAAUAUGUAGCCAAAAUAUAUGGAUGAUAUAAUCUUCCAUUUUCUCA